GAAGGCACCCUGGGCGGUAUGGCGGGUUGGUGGCGUGUGUUUCCACGCGCGGCGCAGCGCUAUCCGUGGCCCACCAACGUGCUGCUCUACGCCGGCCUCUUCUCGGCGGGUGAUGCGCUGCAGCAGCGGCUGCGGGGAGGCCCGGCCGACUGGCGCCAGACGCGCCGCGUGGCCACCCUGGCCGUAACCUUCCAUGGCAACUUCAACUACGUGUGGCUGCGUCUUCUGGAGCGCGCGCUGCCGGGCCGCGCGCCGCGCACGGUCCUGGCCAAGGUGCUGUGCGACCAGACUGUCGGUGGGCCCAUUGUCCUGUCGGCCUUCUACGUCGGUAUGAGCAUUCUCCAGGGAAAGGAUGACAUAUUUUUGGACCUGAAGCAAAAAUUCUGGAAUACAUAUAAGAGUGGUCUGAUGUACUGGCCCUUUGUGCAGCUGACCAACUUCAGCCUUGUCCCUGUGCACUGGAGAACAGCGUACACAGGACUGUGCGGUUUCCUCUGGGCCACCUUCCUGUGCUUUUCCCAGCAGAGCGGUGAUGGCACAGUGAAGUCUGUGUUCAUCUUCUAUCGCAGGAAGGAGGCGAGUGACAGGCCCCCCGAGGAGUGAGGAGUCCAGGACUCCCUAGAGACUUGGUUUUGUUUCUCCAUUGCUCUCGGUCACCUGCAGCAGGCCUGCGUCACCAACCAGUUAUUAUGGGUUCCAUCAUGAAGAAUUCCUUUUCCAUAGGCCAACUUGUUUUGAAAUUAUCAAUGAUUUUUUUUUAACUGUUAUCCAAACCUUUCCCAUUCAUUCCAGCCUGAAAGUCUUCCUUCCACGUUUUCACGUCUCUAGUGCUUUGGCUAAAAUUACAAGUGACAGGUGACAUUUUGAAGUUAUUAAUAUUUCUAUUCUAAUAUUAUAAGGCCAGUUGAGUUUUUAAAAACCUCCAGUUUUGAUUGUUUAUAUUUCUAGCCUAAACUCUCAGGCUAUUUCUUACACUUGAUCAAAUUGCCUUUUGUCCUUACAGUUCAGUUUCUAUCUGUAUAGAGUUCAGUCAAGACAUUUGAAUAAUAAGCCUCCCCAGAUAUCGUUAAUAAUUUAUUACAUCAACACUGAAGUUGUUUGUUUCUUUCUUUUUUGAGGCAGAGUUUCUGUCCUGGAACUGGCCUCUAACUCACAGAGAUCCACUUGCCUAAGUUCUUUAAGCAGAUGCUUUUAUCUUCAGAAAAGGAACAGUGUUGGGCAUCUUCUGGAUAGAAUAUUUAUUGUUACUAUCUAUUUUCUAAAGGUAGGGUCUCUCUUUGUGUAGCUCAGGCUACCCUGGAACUCAGCCUAGUGCAUGCUGAGGUUAUAGGCAUGCGCCACCAUGCCUUGCUCUCCUGAUGUUCUACCGUCCAAGCACAGUACUCUUUAAUUGAUAGCUUCCAGCUCUGCAAAGAAAAAAUUGACCAACGCACCCUAAUUCAUACAUAUAGGAAAUAAAAUAUUUGAUUUCUUAAUUACAGUAAGUGAAAAUUCUAGAAAACGAAUUACUUCCUUCCUCUCUAAGGAAUAAUGCUAAUCCAUUUUGUAUCAGUGUACACAGUUUGCAAUAGUCCUCUUGCCUCUGGGAGGAUUACUUUUUCUAAAUGCUGGUACUAUAGGCAUGAGCCCAUGCCUGACUUGUGUGUGUGUGUGUGUGGUACUAGGGAUAGAUCCCAAGGUCCUGUGCAUGCAAGCCAAGUGCUCUGUCGCUAGCUGUACCCCAGGAUGCUAACAGGAUUCUUUCAUAAUUCAGCGCUUUAAAGUGAACACAAGAAACAUCAGCCAGGCCGGGCGGUGGUGGCGCACGCCUUUAAUCCCAGCACUUGGGAGGCAGAGGCAGGCGGAUCUCUGUGAGUUCGAGACCAGCCUGGUCUACAGAGCUAGUUCCAGGAAAGGCUCCAAAACCACAGAGAAACCCUGUCUCGAAAAAAAAAACCAAAAAAAAAAAAAAAAAAAAAAGAAACAUCAGCCAGCCUUUCACAUCUACUCAGCUUGUCUCAUCUCAGCCAGCCACCAUCAGGUUUGCAAAGUGUGUAAACAACCGGAUAGGGAGGUGUGCUCCAGUCUGCUCGGGAGACUCGUGGAGGGGGACCACUCCAGCCCAGGAGUUCAAGACCGAACUGGACAAAACAGCAAGUCUCUGUCCCCAAACCACAAAGAUUGACAUUUCAGCAGUCUCACCUACAGAUUGCAUAUGGUUCCGCUGCCGGUACAGCAUACUUGACAGAUGUUAAGAUGAAAAACACUGACUUCAGAGUUUGUCUGGAGAAAGUAUAUUUAAGAUCAUUUUUAGAAUUCAUACUUCAAUUUCUAAGCAAAUAAUUUAUAUGGUUUGUGAUAUGUUGGUAUAAAUUAUGAGCAUGCACCUUCUAGGGGUCUAAGUUAUUGAACUGUAACGGGUAUUAAUGCCCUUUGCAUUAGGGCAGUAGUAAGAACAAUUCCUGAUGACUGUAUGCUUUUGAAAGUUGGGUGGCUGUGGUCUGCCUGCAAUCUCAGUGCUCAGAAGGUGGAAAUGGGAUUCUCCGGAGCAAGUUAGCUCAGCUUGACCAGCUAAAUGGAAUCCAUGAACUCAGGGUUUAGCAGGAGAUAUUGUAUCAAUGUAGUGUUUGAAUGAGAGUGGCUCAUGGAUUUGAAUGCUUACUCAUCAGGGAGGGGCACUCUUUGAAAGGAUUAGAAGGCAUGGCCGUGGAGUGGGUGUGGCCUAGAGGAGGAAGUGUGUCCCUGGGGGUGGGAUUUGGGGUUUCUGAAGCUCAAGUCAGGUCCAGUGUCUCUCCCUGUUGUCUGUGGAUCCAGAUGUAGAACUCUCAGCUACUUCUUCAGCACCAUGUCUGCCUGCCUGCCACUAUGCUCUCACCAUGAUGCUGAAGGGUGCAGGCAAAAGCACCUUGGCCCAAAUACUGCCAUUUUGUCUUUAGACUCGAUUUUACUUGCAAGGUGAAAUGAAGUUCAGGUUCCCAAGCCCUAGGGGAACUGAGAACUUUCCAAUGGCUGACCCGCCUCCUCCCUAAACCACAGAAACAUGUGUCCUCUGGUUGUACACCUUUAGCUCUUUAGAAACAUUGUGGCUGUUCCUAACCACAGAAAGAACAAAUGAAUCUGACUGGUUGGAUUGAAAGCCUUGCAUUGUAUAUUAAUUUACAACGAUGGAACGUACAUCCAAGGAGGUCCCUAAUCCUGAUUGGUGAAAAUUGUAACUGCAACUUGGCAACAGAUAUUUGUGAUUUCACUGCAUAUAUUAUUUUUCGCCACUACUGCCUCUACUUAGUGCAGUUAGGGGAGUCCUUGUCCUGUAGCCCUGAUCAGUCAGCUUAUGUGGUGAUUUAAUAAAAUCUUUGGAACCUGUAAAUGCAGUCUCUUUCCUUCUUCAUGGAGCAUAAUGGGCUAAGUGUAACACAAUUAUGGACCAAACCUCUGGAACUGUAAGCAAGCAUCAAGUCACAAUUAAAUGCUUUCUCUCUCUUUUGUUUUGUUUUUUUGUUUUUUCAAGACAAGGUUUCUCUGUAGCUUUGGAGCCUGUCCUGGAACUGGCCCUGAACUCACAGAGAUCCACCUGCCUCUGCCUCCCGAGUGCUGGGAUUAAAGAUGUGCGCCAUCACCGCCUAGCAAAUGUUUUCCUUUCUAAGAGCUGCUGUGGCCAUGGUGUCUCUUCACAGCAAUACAACAAUGGCUAAGUCAACUAGCAAUGUGGAGAGAGAUCAAAGAAAGACAUCAUAUGUCAACCUUUGGCUUCCAUGUGCACACACAUACCUGUGAAUGUCCAUACACAUAUAUGCAUACUAUCUUCACAUACAUACACACAAAUAUAUGCAAAUAGUUAUAAUAUAUGUAAUAUGUGUAAAUAUAUAGACACUGAAUGUACUUAGGGGGUUGGGAUGUAGCUCAGUGGUACAGCUCUUGCCCAGGAGUUAUUCAAAGAAGGAGAGGAGGGAAGAAGAAACGGUGAACUGGGGCAAGGAAAGAGGGAAGAAAGACUAAUGUAA